UCAGUACAUCGACGGCGCUCGGUUCGUGCGGUUGGCCUUUAGUCCUUCGAAUCCUGCUGCAUACAAGCAAGCAGAAUCCCUAACGGAAUCGCGUGUGUUUUUUGCCGCCAAGUGUUGCAUUCGUGCUGCAAGUGAAUCGAAGUGAUGCUGUAGACGCCAUGAGUGACUUGUGCUGAGCGAAUUUCUCGACAGGAUUUAAAAAAAAAAAAAUCAGGACAGCUCAGCCGCAGGACAUGUGCAAUUUGGAGUUUCACGAAAAAUACAAGAUUGCCAAGAAAAUGCUCUGAAAAAGACUAGCUUUAAAGGACAUAUCCGAUACGACUACUUAAUGGUUUCCGGUCAUUAAUCAACUCAAUCAAAGAAAGUAAAGCCCAUAUAUUCAAAAUGCAAUCAAACUUCUGUCAAUGCCGUAAACAAACCUGUGCGUUAAGUGUUAUUCUGCUCCUAAUCCUCAUGAGUCAACAAUGUUAUCCUCAGAGAGUAGAGGUGCCAGCUGAAGUAAUAGUUGAUCCCAAAUUUAGUUCUCCAAUUGUGAAUAUGACAGCGCCCGUGGGACGUGAUGCCUUCCUCACGUGCGUCGUUCAGGACCUGGGACCUUAUAAGGUUGCGUGGCUUCGGGUCGACACCCAAACAAUCCUAACGAUACAAAACCACGUUAUAACAAAAAACCAACGCAUUGGCAUCGCCAACUCCGAGCACAAAACAUGGACAAUGCGCAUUAAGGACAUUAAAGAGUCGGACAAAGGCUGGUACAUGUGCCAAAUCAACACGGAUCCGAUGAAAAGCCAAAUGGGCUACCUCGAUGUUGUGGUACCGCCGGAUAUCCUAGAUUAUCCUACGAGCACGGACAUGGUCGUUCGCGAGGGCAGUAACGUGACGCUCAAAUGCGCUGCUACCGGUUCGCCAGAGCCGACAAUUACAUGGCGACGCGAAAGUGGAGUGCCCAUCGAGCUGGCCACCGGAGAGGAGGUUAUGAGCAUCGAAGGCACUGAUCUAGUUAUACCGAAUGUUAGGCGUCAUCAUAUGGGAGCCUACUUGUGCAUAGCCUCCAAUGGAGUCCCUCCCUCGGUGAGCAAAAGGAUAACGCUAGUUGUGCACUUCCCGCCGAUGAUCACCGUUCAAAACCAACUAAUUGGCGCUGUAGAAGGAAAGGGUGUCACCUUGGACUGCGAAUCCGAGGCAUAUCCCAAGUCGAUCAAUUACUGGACCAGGGAACGUGGAGAGAUUGUGCCACCAGGUGGCAAAUACUCCGCGAAUGUCACGGAAAUCGGCGGCUAUCGCAAUUCGAUGCGGCUUCAUAUAAAUCCCCUCACACAGGCCGAAUUUGGAUCCUAUCGUUGCGUGGCCAAGAAUUCCCUGGGCGACACGGACGGCACAAUUAAGCUGUAUCGAAUUCCCCCGAAUGCCGUCAACUAUGUGGAGAACUUUGAGGCGCGGCACAAAGGCAAAAAGCGAACGAAAAGCUCGGAGUCGCAUCAUCCGGCCAGGGCCCAGGAGCACAGUGGCGAGGAUAUGGAAAAUCCGGGCAAAAGGAAAGCCGAUUUGAGUCUGGGUGCGGAGAGCAUUGACAGCAUUUACGGAAACUCCGCAGCUGGGAGUCGGCGGCGACAGGACCUCGGCGGAGUGCUGCUCCUACUCCUGCCAGUCGCUGUGGCAGUGGCUAUGUCACUGGCGACGGCGGGAGUGAUGCGGGAAACUCAGAUGACACUGCCGCCACAAACACUGACGCAUGUUUGACACAGACGCCGAGUUGACAUGGACAUGGAGUCAGUGCUAAAUCUGUACUUGCUGCCGCAGCCGGAGGUGGAGCUGCAGAUGGAGCUGGAGCUAGAGAUGGAGCCGAAGCUGAAGCAAGAGUCACGGUCUGUGGCAGUGCAAUGAUGAUUGAGUUUGUCAAUGCCAAACGCUGCUUGGUGCUGAUUUAUGGCUCGUUGCGGCUGCUUUUAGUUAAAGUUCGUCGACGCGAAAUUACAUAUAUCAAAUCCAGCUGUAGCCAGUAAGCAAACUAGGCUUCCUAAUUCCUAAUUCCCAAUCGCGCGAUUGUCCAGCAGUAGGAUUCUAGUUAGGAUUUCGAGUUUAGCCAGCAGAGCAACCGUUGUAAAAUAUUGCAGAUUGCACUUCAGGUACGGCACAUGUAUAUAGACGAAGUGCAAGGUUUUUGUGUAUAACUCUAGCAGGUAAAUAAAUCGGAGAAGGCAAGGCGCUAUGUAUUAUAACACUUGUAUAAACCAGAUGUUUGAUUUAUAUUUGUUAUUUUAAGUCACCAACAAGUUGGCAAACGGGAAGGGAAAUGAAUUCCAAAAGGAAUGUUGCAAGAUAUAAUUCAGUAUAUAUUAACCGGUAUACCUAACUAUAUCGCGAAACUGCAAAACAGAUUUAGAUAUCCGCCAAAAGCUUAAUGUAAAAAAAGAAAAAUAAAUUAUAAUAAGCUCAGCAGCUGGCUGUGUUUUUAAAAACUUUAACCAUUCGAAAUGUUUUGGGUCUUACUCCGCUUCGUUGCUCCAGAUAUAUUAUGAACCAAUUUAAAAUGUUUAACAAUAUUUGCCUCGUUCAACAAAAUACAUAUCAUUUAUUCAGCGAUCUAAAAUUGAAAUUAAUUUAAUGCGUUCCCUUGUAUGAUUAAACUUCAACAAACAAUCCAUUAAUUUCGUACAUUUAAAGGUAAUAUAAAAAGUAUAGGCAAGCCGUAAAUUUAAUGCGCAAAUUAAUCUCACGAUUUAGUGCGGAUAAAGCUCCAUUUAAUAUAACUAAAUGUAUAUUUCCAGACAAAAUUAAAUUGUUAAAUACAAAGUAUAUCAGUUAUGUUUAAAUCGCUAUCAUGUACACACUCACACAAAUAUAAAUAUAUAUAUAUAUAUUUAUCAAAUACCAAUAUUAACGAAUAUUUGUAAGCAUCACAUGUACAUGAGAGUGUAAGCGAAUUGCCGAAUCGACAGGUAUAUUUAUAAAAUAAACAAAAAGUUAAAGGGUUAAGUAAAACACGUCUUU